AUGGCAGUGCGUGUUGGUGGUAGCGAUAACAAAAGUCAGCAAACUGUAAAUAAUCCAGCCAUGAAACCAUUAGCGGCUAGUGACGCCAAGACCAGCCAAGUUACACUAAACCAAGCACGAUCAACACCAUCUCCCCAAUCUAUUGCACGUACAAUUCAAGUUGGAGUAAAACGUACCGUAACUUACAAUCCCGUUACCUCGACGAAAAAUGUCACCGUCCUUUCAAGGAAUUCUUCUCCUGAAUCAUUGAGCCAUAUUAACUUGGAGCGCUUGAGAGCCAAAUUGAAGACUAUUCAACACCUGACAGGAUUGCAAUCUGGGUCACUACAUCAAAUGAAACACGUUCAGACGCUAACUAACCCAGCGUCACAAAAUCUCCCUUCCGGCAGUAACCAGCCUGCCAUAAACUUGGUUGGACAAACUUCAUCCAGUGUUCAACACCCAUCUAAAUCUUCUACGCAUGGGAUUACCAUGACAACUUCUCAGGCAAUUGUAAAAUCUGACCAGCGGGAUAUUGUUGCGCCCUUGACUAAUGCCACGUCCAAAACAGACUUGCAACCUGUUAAAUCCUCUACCGUUGUGAUUAAUCAGCCGACUAUUGCUAGUAUAAAAUCACAGGAAAGUCGUCUGUUAUCUGCAUCUUCAGCUCAAGCUACUGCUAUGACAGUUAAUCCAACGACAACGUCUUCAUCAACGACGAAAACCAAUUCGGCGGUUUCCUUGGCACAGCGUGUUUCCAAAUCAGAAAAAAAUGCUAAUGAAUCGCCUUUAGAUACAUCUAUUUCAGUAAAAUCCUCCGCAAUGUCUGUUGUCAAGCAAGGCGUUCAAACAGUGUGUAAGCCUGCCACGCAUUUCAUUCAAGUUCCUGGGUCGACAAAAUUUAGUACAAUCAACAAAUCAAGUUCUCAAUCAUUGAGCAUGCUAAAUGUUCAAAGUAAUACAAAAAUUAUUGGUACUCAGUCAAGUGUGCCUAUAAUCCGUGCAAACAGCUUGAAAUCGCGUGCUCCAAGUGUAGCUUCUUCACAUGUCCCAAGCACUACCACCUCGGUUGUACUCACUAGAAAUUUAGAGUCUUCUGCGAAAAGUGAUCAAUCAGUUGACGACUCUUCAAAGUCUGACGAGGAAAAGCUAGCGGAGAGAAUCAACUCUAUCGUGAAAGAGGUUGUUGGAGGGCAGCAACGGACUACCCGACAGUCUGUGCGACGUCUCGUAGCCGCUGCAAAAGUAGCCGAGGCUCAACACAAGAUCAGUGAAAGUGGCGAAGAAAGUCAAGAUCAGACGACCCAGAAAUAA